CGCCCGCAGUCAAUAGUCAUCGCCUCCCCGCGCCUACCUCCCCUUCACCUGCAGCACCCACCCAGUCCUCCGACUCGGAGUCGCGUAACUCGGUCGUCUCGGUCUCGAACUCAGCUCCCUCCGGCCAAGAAGGAAAAGAAAAGCAAUGGCGAGGGUCCUCUCCCGCGGCCUCCUCCGCCCCUCCCUCCGCGCCCUCAAGCCCCCGCCGCCCCCCGUCGCCCUCAUCGCCCUCCGCAACCGCUCCAACCGCUCCGGCAAGCUCAUCGAGAUCGACCUCGAAUCGACCCUCGCCUCCGCCUCCUCGUCGUCGUCGUCCUCGUCGUCGUCCUCGUCCGCGGCGGCGGGUUCCUCCUCCUCCGCCGCGUCGGACGACGAGGGGGAGGCGUUGGGGUUGAAGGGCCUGGAGGAGGCCAUCCACUCCAUCGUCGUCCAGAAGUCUACGCCCGAUUGGCUCCCCUUCGUCCCCGGCUCCUCCUUCUGGGUUCCGCCGCGGCGGCGGCCGGUCAACGUCGUCGAUCUCGUCGGGAAAUUGGCCAGGCCGUUGACCUACGAGGAGGAGGAGAAUCUGUCUUUCGCCACCGUCCGCGGUUGGCCCAGCUUUGAGUUUUUGGCACGACCAGAUGGUCAAUCAGCAUGUGCCCCAACACGGAGUUGGGAAAUGAGUUGUCUAAGGAAGAGGUAGUAGAGAUUAAGGUUUUGACUACCUCAGAAGACCGUGAGUCCGAUGAUGAAGAAUGAGAAGCAUCGGCGUCCCAAAAGUCAUGGUGGUUAGUGGGGAUCAAGUGCUAUUUAGAUAUGGAACGCAGGAGGCUAUGAUAAUAAGAUGGGCGGUCAAGAAGGACGAGUGAGCAGACUGGAAGUGCUGUACAUAUACUAUUUAGAAUGAUUUGGGGGACAAAAAUUUUCAUUUAUCAAUUUGAACCUGUCUGUUUUCAUUCUAUUUCUAUCUUCUUUGUAAAUCAUUCACUUGCUGCAAGCUUGCAAUAUAUUUGAUCGUUUGAACAU